UAUCACGACGGCGUUAUGGCGGAGGCUAACAGCUCUCAGGGCCCGCAGCGGAGACGCUCACCGCGGGUCGGUUCUCCACAAGCUGCUCCGCUGGAAAGCGACAACAAAAUGGCGCUCGGAGCUAAACGUUUCAUCACUUUGAGGAAAAUAGCUCCCAGAAAGACGGCAGCUCGGACAGAACACAACAAGGAGAACACACCGGAACACGGCAAGAACAGUCCGAGCCUCGCAGAGCAGCUCCUCCAGCAGAAACAGCCGAAGGUCUCCACCCCGGGCCGGCUCGCCCGGGACCGCAGGCCCUCCUCGGCUGACCGGAGGAAGAAGCAGCAGCAGGCCGCCAUGCCCUCACCGAUCCUCCCCGCGUCCCCACCGGCCUCCUCCCGCCCCCAGCAGCCGGCUGCAGACCCAGAGGGCUCGGUGUGGUCCCAGAAGGUCCGCCGGUCCUACACCAGGCUCAGCGACCGGUCCCUCCACAGCCCGGACUCCCGAGAGCCUCUGUUCGGCUUCGAGAGGCUCCAGACCCCGGAGGUGGUGUGGAGGAGGACCGAGCAGUCCAGGACGGCCCUGGAAGGUUCUGGCUCAUCGUUCACGUCUCUGCUGGAGGCUGAGGAGGGCCGCGCCGAGCCGGACCCGAACAUCCCGGGGGUGGUGCUGGUGAAGGAGCGGAGGAGGCGGCGGAAGCUGCCGCACAUCGACGCCGAGGAGCUGGACGCGCUGGCGGCCAGGAUGAACGCUGAGUUCCGGGAGGCCGAGGACUUCCAGCUGGUGGUGGAGUAAGAACUGGACCGGGUCCGAACCCAACACCAGGGCUCCGGGAGGCCCAGGACCGGGUCAGAAC